UUACAAAUUUUCUGCGUUUGUCAAAUAAUUUAUGCAGCCGCUGAUGUUGCAAGUAUCAAUACUUAUAUGCGUAUAAAUGUACAAAACAUGUACUGGUAUAAAAGCUCGUAUUAUUGCAAGGUUUGAUCUAGUAUCUAACAAUUUCUCUUUGAUAAUUCGUAUAUUUCUUUUUGCACACAAUGAGAACUAUUAUUACGAUACUUGUACUUUUCCUUAUACAAUGCACAUAUUUACGUGCCGAACUUAAUCAGGUGCCUUUGCUGAAUAAAUUUUCAGACUCCUGUAUUUUCGGCGUUAAAUCGGUAUCAUUAUUUCUGUAUAACAGUCGCUCUAAUAUUACAGGCGAAGAAGUUUUGGAAAAUGAGCUCUGCAACAAUAUUGAUCCAUCGCAACCGGUCGUCUUUUUAGUCCAUGGCUUCACUAGUUACGCAAAUUCGUCUCAUAUUAGAGAUCUGGCCAUGCAAUUGAAACAUAAAUACACAGUAUUUGCGCUGGAUUGGUCUCAAGGAGCCUGCACAGAAGGAUUACCCAUCUUGAAGUUCACGGCGUAUCCUAGUGCGGUGAUCAACACUCGAGAGAUAGGUCAUCUUUUGGCAAACCAUACUGUUACCUUGAUAAAACAAUGCGGUGUUCCAUUAGAAAAUAUAAUAUACAUCGGCCACAGCCUCGGCGCGCACGUGUGUGGCUUUGCUGGGAAAAAUAUUCAGAAGAUUGGCUUGCAGAUAAAACUCAUCAUUGGUGCUGAUCCCGCAAUGCCAUUAUUCAAAAUCAACAAAUGCGAGGAGAAACUUUGCAAAUCGGAUGCCACAUUUGUAACAAUUCUCCACACAUCAGAUCUCGGGCUAUCGGACCAGAUGGGUAACCUAGAUUUGUACUUCAAUGGCGGACACAUACAACCAAAAUGCGGCAUAAAUUUUAUGCCUUGCUCACACUCAAGAGCUAUUACUUAUAUGGCAGAUAUUUUUAAAAAUAAGUGUGGAUUCCCUGGUGUUCCUAACAGUUCAUCUUCUUAUCCUGAUUCUAACACAACAGAUUGCAUUGUCAUGAAUAGCAAUAUAUUAGAUUACAACAAUUCAAUGGAGGGAAAAUAUUAUGUAUUCGUUGAUAAGGAUUCUCAUUGUACACAGGAAACUUUCAACUGUAAACAGUAAUAGCAGUCGUUAAAUUUGAAAUGUCAGUUUUUUUUAAUAAGAGAAUAUAUAACA